CGCUCGAGCUGCUGAAACUCAGACGUUUGUUUUGCUGCGUUUAAGACGUGUUUUAUUCGGGAUGGACACCGAGUACCUAAAACAGAGACUGGGGAAAUGUUUGGUGGAGGGACUGGCAGAAGUUGUGGAGCAGAGACCUAUGGACCCCAUUGAGUUUCUCGCUCACUACAUCUACAAAUACAAAGAAAACUUGGAGUACGCCAAAAAGAAAGCUGCACAUGAGAAGCUGGUGGAGGAGGAGGUGCAAAAAGCCAGAGAGGAGGCAGAGUAUCAGAAACGGCUGAAGGAGGAGGAGGCGCAAAUACAAGCCGCCCAGGAGCCAAAAGACGAAACUGAAGCAGAUGCUAAACAACCCACUGCCCAGCCUGAGGCAGAAGAGCCAGAAAUGCAGGCAGGAAACCCAGAAAUGCAGGCUGAAGACCCAGAAAUGCAGGCAGAAGACCCAGAAAUGCAGGCUGAAGACCCAGAAAUGCAGGCAGAAGACCCAGAAAUGCAGGCUGAAGACCCAGAAAUGCAGGCUGAAGACCCAGAAAUGCAGGCAGAAGACCCAGAAAUGCAGGCUGAAGCUAAGAGAAUAGUGGAGGCUCCACCAGACGGGGAGGAUUUAGAUGGCACCAAAGCUGCAGAUGUAGAAGGUACCGUCUCAGAGAGCACAGAUGAUCCAAUGAGACGGGUUCCUGAAGAAUCUGCGAGUGAGACACACCCAGAGGAGGAUUCAGGAGGAUCCAAACCUCCAGACGUAAAUAGUACGGUCUCUGUAGACAACUCUGAGGUAAAUCCUGAAGAAUCAGUCGGCGAGACACAACCGAGCCAAACCCAAGCAGAAGAAGAGGAGGAGAAUAAAGAAGCCUGAAGAGGAGUCAAUUCCUUUGCUUUAUAUAUCUGCUUUAUGUUACAGUAUAAUGUGCAGGUUGUCCUCAGUGUGUUUAUACCUACACGAGCAUGGUAAAAU